AACACAGACACCGCACAUGGCACAAACGGAAUAACUCUCUCUCUUUUAGCUAUCUUCUUCAAUCUCACAUUCAAAAAGAAGCAUCUCACUUUCGAUACUUGAUUAAUGACGUUGACGAUAUAGGAAUCAAUUAGUGUUGGCAAUCAGAUUACCUUGACCUUUGGCAUUCGCCUUUGUUUUCGGUCAAAAUGAACACUUUUCCCACUAAUGGCUCGUAUCAAUAUCGAAACGAUCAAUAUGGUCGAUAUCCAGGCCCGCCUUCUCCAGGUGGACUGGGCAGCGCAAUGAUGAGUGCAAAUGCCGCAACUUUUCAACCAGGAAGAGGAAUGCCAGGCCUAAGUCCAAGAGGAUCAUUUGGUGAACAAGGUACUCCAAUGUAUGCGUACCAACAAAGGUCUCAAUCCGGCUCAACACAAGGACAACGAUCUCCUGCUUCUUCUGGCUUGUCAUUGAAUGCGGCUGCACCAGCUUUUCAAAUGGGCGGCAACGGUGGUGGUAUGCAACGAACGCUGUUAAGUCCGGGCGGAAUGAGUCCAAUCAUGGGUGGUUUGCCUUCGCCUGGCGGAUUGUCUCCUUCUUCGCCUAAUGCUCGAAUCGCUUCAUCUCCAAAUAUAGUUGUGGAAAGUGCCGGGUUCCCAUUCGGCGUGAAUAACAACAAUGGUGGUGGCUGGGGCGCUGCUUCGAUCAAUGGGAAUCGCCAAACACGCAAAGGAAGAGGACCACCUCCCGUCAUUCAACCUAUACGAACAACAGGUCACAAUUCCACGCCUUCAGUCAGUCUGAAUCCUGCAGCUUUUGCAGCAGCUUUGGCAUCUCAAAAGCCAAAGAGAAAGGUCACUGUCAAGUUGCCGAUAGAGAUCGAACUUGAAGGCCAAGAAAACGUGUUCAGACACACAAUCACUGAAGAGAAAGAAGGCGAUCAACGUGAUGACGCUGUCAAUGCUUUACGAAAGCACUGGAUACGACGUGAACCACUUUCUAGUGUGAACGUGAAUGAUGUUGGUCAAAUCACGCCCUCUGACUGUAUUCUUUCUCGGGAUACAUUUCCCUCACUCAAUGAUAAUGGGCAUGGUUUGCCUGAUUUCGUUGAUAUAUUCUUACCCGGUCAAAGUGCAUGGGAAGAAGUACGAGAAACAUUUGCGCUAGAGCGAAUGGAAAAGGAAGCAUUACAAGCAGCAGCAGCAGCAAAAGAGGCUGAAAAGUUUGAUACUUCUGACGAAAUUGAUGCAGGUUGGGGUCUGGGAACAGGUGGUGGCGAUGGUGGCACAUUUGGUCUUUCUCCUGAUAAGCAACGCAAUCGCUAUAGCAAUGAGGAAGUCAGCCCAUUAAACGACAUCCUAACGCCAAGGCGUGCUGCACAUAUGACAACGAUGUCUCUUAGCCUUUCUUCGAGUGGUAAACCGUUUGGUCCUGCAACAUUGACUGCUCUUGGAUUGCCAAGUCCGUCAGAGAAGCAAGGUGAUGAGAAGGCGUACUCUGACUCGGAAGAUCGCAGUGAGCCUGCUUUGGGAGCUCGUCCUCGUGUUGAUCGUCAGGCAUCCGAUCCUGCUAUUCUCAGCAAUAUAUCAACGCCUACCAAAUCAUCGCACAACAAAAACAUGUCUUGGCGAGAUUUGGGACGCGGAUUCGGGUAUGAUAUCCCAGAAGCAGAUGAAGAAGAUCUGUCGGAUGACGAAGAAGUAUCGCAAACUAUGCAAUCCAGCAAGAGGACUCUUGAGCAUGAUCUGGAUAUGCAAUCCAAUCCGAGCGAAGAUGCUGAUGCUUCAGAUUUGGACGAGGAUGUCGAUAAGACAAAUGGUCCAAGUUGGCUGAAGGAGAGGCGGCAAGUUUCAAACAUGCCGUUCAAAGCAAUCACUGGUGAUGAGAGUAUUGAUAAUGGAAUGCAAGAGGAUUCUGAUGAACUGGAAACUUUGUCAGAAGAUUACAGCAAUCCGUCUGACGAAGAAGCCGCUAGAGCUGAGAAGAGAUUGCAGCGUGCAGAACGAUUGGCAGCGAAGGAAGCUGAGAACUUUGAUCGAGAUCACCUCUUAUUUGCAGGCAAUCGACCUAGGGCCGGAACAGCGGAAACAUUUGCAAGUAGUACUCUGGGAGGUGGCACAUGGCAUCCGCAGAGCGAUACAGAUCCGCAUGCUGGAAGGCCAUCAGUAUCCUCUGAUAUCAAUGUCAUGUCUCGUGGUCCUCUGGAUUCGGCAAGCACCUUCCGUGCCAAUGCACCCGCCUUUACACCAAGUGAUCCAAACCUUACUGCAAAGGCUCCAGAUCAUUUCCGUCUUCCAAGCAUUGCCAAUUCCAGCUUUGGUGGAUCAUUCAAAGGGUCAACAUCGAUGCGAGGAAACCUCAAUGCUGCUGCCCCUUCUUUCGUUCCGGGCUCCUUUACCUUUACAGCACCUAGCAAUGCACCUAAGCUACCUCAACUUUCUUCUGCACCGACUCUCAUCCCCUCACGCGAAAGCCAAGGUCGCGAGAAACGAGUUCGACAUCAAGGUGGAGAGCAAGCGGGUGCAGACGAAGAUGCUUUGAUGGUAGGAAGUCCACCACGACCGAAACCGUCUGCUGCGAGUGUUCCAAGUGCUCUGCGCGAUGGUGAUGCCAUCAAUGGAACCUCUGCACCUCCGUUCAAUAGUUCUAUCCCCGGCAACUCUUCUGGAAUCGCGGCUCUUAAUGCUGCACCGCAGCCAACAUUGGGAACUUUUUCUUUCCAACCAACUGCAGCUCCUUUCCAUCCUACCAUUGGCCGCAAUGCUGGUAGGGCUGGUAUUCCAAGCUUUGAGCCUCCUGCAACUGAAGAUCGAUUGUCCACCGUACCGCAAACCAGCUUCACAUUCAGUCUACCUCGAUCGCAGUCUAUUUCUCUUCGAAGACCUGAUGAGCCUAGUCCGUUUAUGAAGCCGAUCGAUAUCCCGAAGAGAGAGCGAGAGGAAUUAAUCAGCAAUCCUGACGAUGAGAUCCGGUUUGAUGAUGAUGAGGAGGAUGGAGAUGAUGACGACGAUACAGUGUCUGACAUUAUUGAAGAAUUGGGCGAGCGAAUGGAUAGAGCAUUGGAAGGAUGGGCAGGUAAGAUUUUGGAUGAAGUGACGAUCAUGGGUCAGGUACGACCGGUCAAUAUGGUCACGUUGGACAGUCUGGAACGAAAGACUUUGGUGGAAGCUUUCAGUAGAGAAAUUGGUAAUCUGUUGGCCGAUCAUAAUGACGUUCUAGAGCAAAGGUUCAUGGAGCUUAAAGAGGAUGAGCAAGCAGAGCAGUCAUCGCGAAUUGUACAGGAGAAACUUGAGACGCUCUUGGAACAUGUACGCAAAAUAGAAGAGAGUGCACCGAGUGAUGCCAUAGUUGCAUCGCAAAAGGCCGAAGAUGCCGAAGGAGAAUCGACACUGGACAAGCAGAUUGGCUCUUUGGGCGACAAAGUUGCCAGCUUGUUGAUGGAACACCAUGACCGUCUGCAGGAAAGACUAUCGCAACUAAGCACACAGGCACAAGCUGAUGAACCUUUGCGACUCGUUCAAGAGAAGAUCGGAUUGUUGUUUGACCAUGUGCAAAAGUUGGAAGGCAGAACUUCUGAUGAUAUCAUCAAUGCAUCAAAGGGGGAGCUGGCGUUCGAUAGACAGAUCGGCGCUUUAGACGAAAAAGUUGUCAAAUUGUUAGCAGACCAUCACAGCCAUUUACAGGAGCGGCACACACAAGCGGAGAAAUCUUCGCAAGUCGUACAGGAGAACAUCGAAACGCUCUUGGCACAUGUACGCAAGUUGGAGGAGAAUAGGCGGGAUGAUGUCGCGCUUGCAUUGUCAAGAGCAGCCAAAGCAGAGGGAGAAUUGGCUGCGCUUGAGAAACGGAUCAGCGAUCAAGAUACAAAGAUUGGCAACUUACAACAAGUCAAUGCAACCCAAAAACAAAAAGCAGCACAAAGCGGACAAAAGUUGUCAGAAACGGAAAAACGUAUUCGGGAAUUGGAAGCAAGUGAUCGAGAAUUACACGUUGCCCGUGCAAGAUUGCAAGAUAUGGAAGGAAGAUUGGCCGAUCGAGCAGAUCUGGAAAAGAGAUUGCAAAACAGCACCGAAUCAGAAGCACGCUUGAGGGAGGAAUUGGCCGGCUACCAAGCCCGAUUCUUGGACAUGGAAAGAGACUUGAUGUCCAUGCGUGAGACAUUGGUCGGAAAGGACGAGCUGGAACAAAGUCAAGCAGACUUGACAUCUGCUCGAGAAGAGCUUGCAGAGUUGCGGGGACAAUUGGGAGAGCGAGAUCGAAGAAUUCAAGAGCAGAAGGAACAAUACGAUCAUCAAAUUGAUCUUCAAGUCCAACGUCAAAAUAUGCUUGUACAACAGAUUGACAGAGGUCAACACCUUGCCAGAUCAUCUUCCACUACAAAGAUGCCCGAUCAAAACGGUCUCCCACAUUCGCCUAGUCAUGGAUCAACAACAUGGGCAUCGAUUUAUGCCCCUUCAUCCGGAUCCAAUGAAAAUCAAAAAUCUACCUUUGUCGAUCAAAGUUUCGAUUCAACAAGAAAUAAUCUCAAUGAUACCGUCUUUUCAUCUCAUCAAAUGCGUUCCAACUUAUCAAAUAUCUCCAACAGUCGUGCCGUUGAAUUAAGCAACGACGGCUGGUGGAGUUGAUUCACUCUCAUUCACUCAUACCCAUGUAUACCCUUCAUACCCAUCCAAUAUUAUCG